CUAACACACAAGCCACAAACGGAUUCAGCCAAUCGCUAACACUGGAGCAUCGUGAGAACUGUGAGUGACAGCCCGGAUAUGACGUCAUCGUCACCGUGAUACGCAACAUGUGGUUGACAAUGGGCACUGAUUGGUCGAGGCGACAGCCACGAAAGUGUUCCGCAUGGAGUUCUUAUUCAUAAACACUAGUCACAGUGUGGCGCUGCAGCACUCAGCCUAACGACGCACUACUUUCCCCGGCGGAAGAUGAUCACCGUAGCAGCUGAAUAACUUCCCUGAUGAGAGAUUUGUGCUUAUAACAUUCAUUUGUGGAGUUAGCUCUUCUUAACUCACACGUACAAGGAUAACCCGUGCUUUAACUGAUUAUCAACAAAUUCAAGAUGGCUUCCAGUUCGUCCAUGAUCUUCUCGGAUACGACACCUUUCGGUGUCGACAACACGACAACGGAAGUGACGUCAUCAGUAAACAUCAGCGAUGAGGAGAAGAACCGUUAUCUAUCCCACCUUGACGACACGACGUUUCCCUUGAUGAUACCAGCCGUAGUAUAUCUGGCCAUCCUGAUGCUUCUGGGUAUUUUCGGAAAUAUUCUUGUGCUGAUCGUGUACCUUAAGAAAUUCAAACCAAGCCCGACCCGUGUGUUUGUGGUGUGUCUGGCUGUGUUUGACCUCAUGACUUGCAUCAUUUCACUCCCAGGGGAGAUCCUGGACUUGAGGUUUACCCAUACGUUCGACUACCCAAACCUAUGUAGAAUUCUACGUUUCAACAACACAUUCUCCGUGGUGUCCUCAGGAUUCACGCUCAUAGCUGUUGCUAUCGACAGAUACAGGAAGAUAUGUCGGCCUUUGAACAAGCAGAUCACCAUCAGAGUCGCGCGCACCAUGGUAGGGAUCGCUGUGUCCGUAUCACUAGUCCUCACCAUCCCGACAGUGAUAGUCAACGGCAAAAUCACUGUCAUAACAGACAGAGAGGGAAUAACUGGUUUCGACUGUUCCUUUGACGAUAGGUGGCACGAUACUCUGUUCCCCUUGGUCUAUACUGGAGUCUUGUUCCUUACCUUCUUCGGUUCUCUGUGUGUCCUGGUGAUUAUGUACAUCCUCAUUGGUAGGACUGUUUUUAUUCAUCGGAAGUUCAAAUUCCGCCCCGCAACGGACAACAAAAACCAGUCUCCUCAGAAUUCGACGUCCGAAACUGAGCUGUCGUCUGGAGAUGGUAAGGAGCGGAAUGGGAAGCGGUACCUCCUCGGCAAUGGGAAGAGCUCAGAUCAGGGUAAAGGGACCAGGAUUGCUUGGAUCUCGCCCCGAAAAACAACGCCACCUACCGUCAACGGGUCAAAUUCGAACAAGGUGAAGGUCGGCGUUGACGGGUCGUCCGAGACAAGUCAUACCAAUCUGAAUGACACCCCCGGGAAACCGAAGACAGUUAUUUUCACCCGCAGAGCUGAGCAACCAUCCAAUGGUGUGAAACUGACCAAUUUUGUUAAAUUCGACGGGAAAAGAAAACACAGUGCCGCGAAACCAGAAGGAAAGUCAGGGCCGAAAGCUUCAAAGACAACGCUUAUGUUGUUCAUCAUCACAGCUGUGUUCAUCAUCAGCUUCUUACCUCAUCUGAUCCUGAUGAUAACUCGUGGCUUCAAAUCCGACUUUCUGGAGUCUUUACAUGGAGCAGGGGUCAUGGUGUAUAAUGUAUUCCUACGCUCAUACUUCAUGAACAGUGCAGCAAACUGCAUAGUAUACAGUUUUUGCAACGUCAAAUUCAGAAAUGAGUGCAAGAAACUAAUCGUCCCUUGUUUGUCGUUUAGGAAAAAAUGACUAAGAAACAAUUCAUCCGACUUUAAAUGAAAGACAUGUGAUGAAACCAAAGUACAUGGACAGAACAGUCUUUAAACGUAAUGGCUGCACAAAAUACAUGGUCAAUCAUCGGUUGUCAGAUUGUGAUAUUUAUGUAUCUAUAUAAUGAAACUGUGAAACUGAAUAUGUUCUAUGUUGUCUACAUGAACCAACCACCGUGAAAGCUUCGCGCCAAUUUGUAAAUAAUCACCACUUGGCAAUUUGUUGAUGGAUGACGUCACAACGAUCAACAAGGAGGCAUGACUAAUGAGAACGUCGGCCAUUAAUGACAUAUUAUGUGUAAAAUAAAUUGUUUACACGGACUUGAUAAAACUCCACAUCACUUGUGACCCACGUGGUGUUCGCGUGCUGCUGUUAAACACCUGUCGCAGUGUGACGGGCAUGUUGACAGCCUUUCUCAGACGCGUGAUUGAUAUAUAGAGCAGUGGGUUAAUACGGACCUUGCGAAUGUGACAUUGAUUUGUGUUUUAUUUACGUGGCCGAAUAUAAGUUUGUAUUGAUGAACAUUGGACACAACCGACACAACCGAUGACACAGAGGGUCGACAGCAAGAACGACGCAUCGGUUAUCUGUUUUAAUUAUACAAGAGUUAUAUAUCGUGACGCAUGCAUGUGUCACAGUGACAUAAGUGUGUAUUUCAGUGACAGUUUGUUGUUAUCUGGGGUUUUUAAGUUUCAUAUUUUCAAGUUUUCACAGUAUAGGAAUUCGAUUGGACAGUGUUACCAUGAUGACAUAUAUUCACAGUUGAGAAAGCUGUGUCAUAUCGCGUUCAUUACCACUUAUGUGUUAAGGUAGAAUUUCUUUUUUUUAAUUAUGGUCUGUGUUCGCCUUGUAAAUUUAUCUCAAUUAUCCUCACAAGAAUCUAACGUCAAUAUUAACUUAGGGUUUACCAUACCGUCGACAAAUGUGUGUUCACAUGCAACUUUGAAACAUAGACGUUGGGGUGGGAAAUAAGCCUUCAUGUAAUUAUCUGGACAUGGCGGUCUGGUAAUCGAACGUAAUUGGGGUAGAACGAUGUGGUUUGGGGGAGGGAGGAGAUGGAGCGGGGAGGGGGUGUUUACUGGAUAUUACUUACAUGGGAGUCCUGUUAUGAAGGUUAAAUACUUAAUGAAUUGAUUUAGCGUGGGGUCUUAAUCAUAUAUUUUACUAAAUGUGAAAAUAUAUGUUAAUACAUUGUUGCGAUUUAUAGAGUCCAUCGUGCGUGUCACGUGUGUGAAAAUUGAUAUAUUUUGUGAAUAAACAUGUCAUCGUAAAUUUCAAUUUUGUUUUCCUCACAUGUUUCUAUGAGCGUUUCUACAGGCUGUGUACGUGCAUUCUAUUUAUAUCAAAUCCAUAGUAUUACACAAUUCAGACCUAACAAGUGUACCAUGUAAACAAAUAAAUAUUAGGGACAAAAUCAACGUGGCCUAUACAUGGAACUGACACACGAAAGUUGUGUGUGGUCUGAAUAUUACAUGAUCACUUAUCAAAAACCUUUGUGUUCUGUCCUUUAAUAAAAUGAAUGUUAUCAUCAUU